UUAUUUUAUUGAUUUUGGGAAACCAAAAAUUGCUGACGGGUGAUGACGACAUCCGCUCCUGAACACGGAAAUGUAAGGAGCGUCACAAGAAAUAUUGUGUGAAGUAUUUAUUAAUUUUUGAGACACCAUGAGCGUCAGUGCACAGUGCUUCAUCUUUAUAUUUGCAGUGCUGAUAAAUGAAGUGUGUCUGCAGGUCACAGAACAGGGUUUUAUUGGUGGUUUUGUCAUCUUGCCAUGUUCUUCAACUGAACGGCCUCUCAAGCAAGACAUUAAUGUGCAUUGGAGAGAUGCAAAUGACAAGAUUGUGUUUGAUAUAAUCAAUGGUAAAGAUUUAUUAGACGAACAGGACCAGCAAUACAAGAACAGAACCGUACCUUUUUUCGGUGACGAGUAUGAGAGAGGAAACUUCUCCCUUAAACUCAUCAAUCUCACUCACGCUGAUGCAGGAGAGUUCAGCUGCCUCAUAUCACACUCAUCUGAGGAAAAGACUGUACUGCUGUCCAUCAACGAAGCAAAAGCAGAAAAUGGAAUUAAGUUACAUGACCAAAAAGAUGAGGGAGAACAACAAACGGGAGUAGAUGUGGGGACGUGUGUGCUCUGGGUUUGUAUUGCAAUAGGUACAUUAAGUGUAGCCUGUUUGAUUAUAUGUCUAAGGAGAAAAAUAAUUUCUGAUUGUCUGUCAGGAAUUUCCUUCUUUUCUGUCAAGACUGACGAGACAGUUAGUGAUGACAGUAUCGAAAAAGGGGUUUAAAAUGUUCACUUUUUUACUUUCGUUUUGCUGUUACACUAUUUCCAUGUGCACUUUGUUGUUGUUAUUAUAAAAAACUGAAAUCUUGAAUUGUGGAUACUUAAGUUAAAGAAUGAAUGAAUGAGUCUGUCAGUCUGUUACUGUGCCUUAACAAUUAUGCACCACAAUUGUGCUUUGCUUAAUAUUGUGUUUGCUAAUGUUAAAUCUAUUUUGUAUUCUUUAUAGUUUUAUUUUUGUUAAAAUGAAAACGUCAUUUACCAAUAUUUUUUCCUGCAUGGUUUCUGGUAAUAACUGUAUAAGUUAAUAUACAGUGUAAGAGAUUUAAUUGAUGUGUGUAAUACAAUCGAAAAUGCACAUUGGGGUUUUUUACUAUCAGUGUCUGAACAUUUCAAAUGUCUGAAUUAUACAGUUAUUAAAUAUACAGUUGAAAAGUUCACAUUUUUAAAUAGUAGCUGUUUUUGAAGCAGGACUGUGAUUGUUAAUGCCUUAAAAAUAAAUUUGCAGGUUUUCAUAGAAAUGUUUUAUGAAAGGUUUUCUCUUAUUAUUUUGCUACCAAGACCCAGUUUAUCUUGUCUAUAGCUAUUUCAGAAUUUAAGUUUUUAGUGUCUUAAGAAUAUACAAGACACUUGGAUCUCAGCAUGUUUUGUCUGAUGCAUUUCUAAUAAAAUUCAUGAAAUUAGUGUU